AUGUUACUCCACGCCGAAUCGCUCAGUCAACGCCACUCGAAUAUCACAUUCGCCGCUUUCAAACGAAUCGGUUCUCGAUGGAUUCCUCCCAGUAACAAAAUGGGCGCCACCCAAUCACCCGGGUUACUGACUACCAAUCACGCGGCGGCAACAGCAACGACGACAACUGGAACUGGGACCAAUUUUUCCACAUUUCCGACUACCAUUUCACCGUCUACUUCAUCGUCCGUGUCCUCCUCUGUGACCAAUGAUAAAUUGUCCGAUUCACAUCCGGACAUCACAGCGUCAAACGAGUUGAGGCGCACUCGAUUGCCAUCCGAUUGGGAAUCGGAGUUCGUGGAUAAAUCGGGUGACCUUGACAAUGACCUUCCAUUUCGUACCCUGUUAACCACAGUCGAAUGGGCCCGAAAUAUUCCGCUGUUCACUGAGCUACAGGUAACCUAUUCCGUGAUUUGA